AUGAUGGGGUGGUGUUGCUCAGGCAUAUGCAGAGCCCUGGCUCUCCUGGCACUCCUGCUUCCCUUGCAGGAGAGGGGCUGCUGGGGGCUGAAUCCCAGCUCUGGGGAUCUGGAGAGGUCCCCGCACUCAGAUCCAGACCCCUGGGACGUCCUGCACAGGCACAAACGCAGCUGGGUAUGGAACCAGUUCUUCGUAUUGGAGGAGUACACAGGAAAUGAACCGCUCUAUGUUGGCAAGCUACACUCAGAUGUGGACAAAGGAGACGGCAAAGUGAAGUACGUGCUCUCCGGAGAGGGCGCCACCUCCAUCUUCACCAUUGAUGAGAACACGGGAGACAUCCAUGCCACAAAGAGGCUUGACCGGGAGGCACAGGCCUACUACACCCUGCAGGCUCAAGCUGUAGACCGACUCACUAAUUUACCUGUGGAGCCCAAGUCUGAAUUCGUGGUCAAGGUCCAGGACAUCAAUGAUAAUGAGCCUAAGUUUCUCGAUGGACCGUACUUGGCAGGGGUACCAGAGAUGUCACCCUUAGGAACCAUGGUAGUGCAAGUGGCAGCCACGGACGCGGAUGACCCGACAUAUGGGAACAGUGCCAGGGUGGUCUACAGCAUCAUCCACGGACAGCCGUACUUCUCGGUGGAGCCAAAGACAGGUGUCAUCAGAACAGCUCUGCCUAACAUGGACCGGGAGACGCGGGACCAGUACGUACUUGUCAUCCAGGCCAAAGACAUGGUCGGCCAGAUGGGUGGCCUCUCCGGCACCACGUCUGUUACUGUCACGCUCACGGACGUCAACGACAACCCGCCUCGGUUCACUCACAAGAGCUAUCAGUACACAGUGCUGGAGUCGCUGCCGGUGCAAUCUGUGGUGGCCAGAAUCAAAGCGGCGGAUGCUGAUAUAGGCUCCAACGCAGAGAUGGACUACAGGAUCAUGGACGGAGACGGGCCUGGCAUGUUCAACAUCACAACAGAUGAGGACACACAAGAGGGGGUCAUCAUUCUCCUGAAGCCUCUCGACUUUGAAACAAAGAGCAGCUUUUCCCUGAGAAUCGAAGCCACGAACAGGAACAUUGACUCCAACUUCUUGAGCUUGGGCCCAUUCAGCGACACGACGUCGAUCAGGGUGACGGUGGAAGACGUGAACGAGCCGCCCGUCUUCUCCGCGCCACUUAGCAAGAUGGUUGUUUCGGAGGACGCCAAAGUGGGCACCUCGAUCGGGAGGGUCUCUGCCCAUGACCCAGACACCUCCAACAGUGCCAUCAGGUACUCCAUCGACAGGAACACAGACUUGGAGCGCUUCUUCAACGUGGACGCUCUAAGCGGGGUCAUCAGCACGGCCAAGCCUCUGGACCGAGAGGCCAACUCCGUCCAUAACCUCACCAUCUUGGCCAUCGAGAGCCAGGACCCAACCCAAAUUGGGAAAGGCAUCUCUCUCAUCACAGUGCUGGACAUAAAUGAUAAUGCCCCGGUCUUUGCCAUAGACUAUGAAACUCUCCUCUGCGAGAACGCCUUGCCAGGACAGGUGAUCCAGACCGUCAGCGCCGUGGAUAAGGAUGAACCUCUGAGCGGUCACCGCUUUUAUUUCGCCCUCGCUGCACCUGUUGCCGGCAACCUCAACUUCACUCUGCGAGAUAACAAAGACAACACGGCGUCCAUACUGACGAAGCGAGGCGGUUUCAGGAGACGGGAGCAGCCUGUUUAUCGGCUGCCCGUGUUGAUCGUGGACAGUGGAAGUCCUGCCCUCAGCAGCACCAACACGCUCUCGGUGCGCGUGUGCGACUGUGACUCCGACGGCGUGGCCUUGUCUUGCGGAGCCGUGGCCUACACAGCGACCGGCCUGAGCACCGGCGCCCUCCUGGCUAUUUUAGGCUGCAUCAUCACACUUCUGGUGAUGGUUCUGCUAAUUGUGACAAUGCGUCGGAGGAGGAAGGAGCCUCUGAUUCUUGAGGAGGAGAGAGACAUCAGAGAGAACAUCGUCCGUUAUGACGACGAGGGCGGGGGAGAGGAGGACACGGAGGCCUUCGACAUGGUUACCCUUCGUAACCUGAACGUCAUUAGAGACCCCAGCGUACGGCGAGAUGUCACACCGGACACACCUACCUUCUUUCAUUACACAUCAGCUACACGCCCCUCUUACAAGUCCCUGCCGGACAAUGUGGUGUUUCGAGAGUUUAUUUGGGAGCGACUUAAAGAUGCUGAUGUGGACCCGUCAGCUCCCCCGUACGACUCUCUGCAGACAUACGCUUUUGAAGGCAGCGGCUCGGUAGCAGAGUCACUAAGCUCACUGGAGUCACUAAGUACAGACUCAGAUCAGAACUAUGACUAUCUCACCAACUGGGGACCACGCUUCAAAAAGCUGGCCGACCUGUACGGCAACAGCGACGGCACCAGUGUCUUCUCAUAG